AGAAAAUCUGAAUUGCUUCAUUGCUUUUAUAUAUAUCUGGAUCAUCUGAAAACCAGCAUUGCCGAUUCUGUUAGAGACUUACGUUGACCAGCGUUUCAAAAAAAAUAUGACUCGAAAUUACAAAUAAGUUGAUCUCAAAACCUAGCGACGCUGUGAAGGGCAAAUCAAGAAACAUAUCACAGUAUACCAGUGACUUGACUCCUCAGAAGAAGUGUCCCCGUUCUGUUUGAUGCCUUAGAAAUCAACUGAGGUAAGAUUAUUACAGACUUAUAAAGAAACUAAUACAAAAAGCGAACGAUUCUCGUUGUCGUUAAAAGUAGACGUUACUAAGCAUACUUUAGGAAAUUCUGGGAGAUUAUAGGCCAUGAGAUCGCAUAAUCAUAAACUAUCAGCCAUAAAGUUAACGAGAGGCCUGCAUAAACCCAGUUGAACACAUUCUUCGCCAACGCUGACUAAUAACUUUGCUAUGAAAUGCGAAAAAGUAGCUGUUCAGUUAUUAUCAUGAAGAAAUCAGCGAAAUCAGGCAUCUGCGACGGUUUUUGUAGAUAAUAGGGGAGCCAGAUCUACACAUCACUAGUUUCGGUGUCAUAUAGCGUCAAGGUAGUGGCGUUACGGUAGUCAACGCGUCAGGAUUUGAAUAAACUCAUUUACAAAAACAUGGGUCAAAUACUCGGUUUAAUGCAUUGGUUUCUGCCUGUCACAUUGCAUAUCCUGUUUCGUAUUUUUUUUCAUCGCCGACACCAAAAAGACUCCAAACCGAGUAAGGAAUUAAAGAUGCUUCUUGCUUUCAGUUCGCUUUGAGGUCAUAAAGGUGCAGUUCAAGGUAGAAGGGAAAGGAGAAGAAAAAGAAAGGAGAAAAAAAAUGAAAAUCUUUGACUAUAGAUAUAUAGAAGAAUGUAAAUUAAAAGAACUUUUGGAAGCGUAUAAGGAGGGACGAAGGACGUAUAAGCUGCUUUUAUUCCGUCAGAAAAUAGUGGGAAAAACUCAGCUCUCAUCUCAUGAUUUAAUAUGCAAUUUAAAUCUUUCUCCAGAAGCCUAAAAACGGCUGCGAAGGAGACUACCAUGCUACCUGUUUGCUGUUUCAAAACUGAGAUAAAAAGGAUAAGGUAUCUCGGCCACAAUUUGGCUAUAGCUCUUCUACUUAUUUAUAGCUUCAAACGUUAUUUCUUUCUUUCGAAUUUUCUGCUCAGGCUCCAUGUGUUCAGUAAUAAUAAGCUGAUGAUCACUGGCUCAUCUGAAUGCUAAUUAGUCUGGUCCAUGUGGCACAUUUAACAAACUCUGAUAGGCAGUAUUUCUCAGCUAGCGAAUAGGAUUCUUUUCAGCCGUCUUUUCACAGCAUAAAAACGAAGACAUGGUGUACAGAUUGGUUCACGUAUAUCCUUGGGGCUGUAUGUAGAGAUUUGUAACUGAUAAUUUUUGUCUUUGAUUGCAUUUGUUUAGUUUUGUCAUUAAGCCUCACUGCUCUCGUCAAAUGUGUCACGUUUCUUGGUAGGCUUGAAGAGGCUGCACACUCUCCACAACAAGGAAAUUUUAAGGCUCAAGCAUAAGUAUUUGUGGCACAACUACCCGCACAACUAGCUCAACCUGAAGAUUUUAAUGAACAAGCUUCAGAGUGUACGGGCUCUUAUGUUUUAUUUUGCAAAGAUGCAAACACUUUGCCUGUUAUUUUACUGCUGUUUAUAUGAUAGAAACAGUUGUAGUGUCAAUCAAAGAGAACAGAUUCCAAGAAACCCCGAUGAGUCAAAUAAUAUAGAGUGGAACUCCCACAACCCUCAGAACACUGACCAUCACUCACAUCCAACACAAACAGCCCAACUAAUGCCUCCACAACCGCCACAACCCUCAAAUUCACCAAAACCCUCACAGCCCGCACAACUAGCAAAACAAGCGCAACUGUCACAACCAACACAGUCCUCGCAACCAUCACAACCAACAUGAAUGUGUGGUGGUUAUGGUGCCGUUCACAGGGGCACCCAACGACUGUUUUCUGUAAAAUAUCUGUUCGGAGAAGCAAAUAUUGCCUAGAAUUGUCUAUAACUUGAGCACGGCUAAAAAUUUCUAGAUGGCAGUUCCAUUCAUGUACAAUUUUCGAAGCUUUUUCAAUAAAUCUGCUACGAUUUUCUGAAGUCUAAUUUUUCACAUUUUACUCCCAAGGUUGGGCCAUUUUUCGUAAUAAAAAGGAAGCCUAAAAUUUUCGGAUUCAAAAACGUGAUGUAAAGAGGAAUUAGAAAAAUUCUCACUUUCGUAAAACUUUAAAUUGCAUCUAAAAUUUUCGGGAAAGCAAUACCAGAGCCCUAAUAAUUUCGAAAAGACUCAAGUUCCCCUAGGAUGACGGAACAGAUACAAAUUUUAUAGUUCCACAAACCAUGCAUUUCUAGAGAUCUAAAAGUGCUCUGGAUAGCCUUAAAAAGUGUUCUCAAUGUAUUUAGAACGAAACUGUUGUUGGAUGGCCCUGCGUUCAGUUUGUGACGGUGGAACUGGUUGCGUUAGCUGUGUUGAGUGGUAAUUGUGGUGGUUGGGAGGAUUAUGGUGGUUAUGUUUUGAGGGUUAAGUGGUUGUGUUGGCUGUGCUGGUUGUUUUGCUACAAACAACUAUGCUUGCACUUUAAAAUUUUCUUGUUGUGGAGAGGGUGCACAACCAGAACCACAAUACCUCUUCGAAUUGGCUAUGAUCAAGAAAUGGCCAGGUAUAGCUCUCGUUCUUGUUUCUGAAUAAGAGCGACCAGGAGGUGGUAAUAGAAAGAAAUACAUGCUUUAAGAAAAAGUCCUCGGUCCUUUCCAUGCUGCACUGCCUGACUGAGCCCGAUUUCGAAACAAGAUACAACAAUCACAAUUUCUCUUUCUAAGACGGUUAAUUAUCACCGGACAAUAAUCUAUCUGAAUCUAUUGGCAGGGAAAACCUUCAUCAGCAAUUCGUAAAUCUUCAAGCAUGGCGAGAUCUCCAAUAACAGCUUCGAAAGAAGGUGACGUCACAUCAGCUAAUGAGGAAACACUUCAGUUUGAUGACGACAAUUUAAAAGGUGAGGCACAUUAUGCAGUUUCCUUAUCAUGUCGACAGCAGAUAACUUUCGCGCAGCUAACGCCCUUACCUCUCUAUUUAUCCGGAUGUAAGGGUAAUAAUAUUGAGUUCAGGUGAAACAAAAACGACUUACUAUUACCCAAGUUUUAUUUCAAAGUUAGAAAUACACUAAAAUCAAUCUAAUUUAGUAUGUAAUAUUCUAUGCUUUGCUUAGCAGUCUUAUCUUAAAGCUCCACUGAAUUCAAAACGCGUGCGUGCUCGCUUGGUAUAUUUAGUGCCUAAAAUCUGUCACGUCACACUAAUAUUACGAGAAUCGCAGUGGCUACCUUUGAGGCAACGCAUCGAUUUUAGGAGAAUUUUAAUUACUUUUAAGAUUUUAAAUAAUCUGGCUCCUUCUUUUCUUUCUUCUCUUAUUUCUGUUUCGACACUUUCACGUUACAGUCUUUGCAGUUGCUGUGAUGGAACCUUACUCCGCUUUCCUCCAAUGAAAUCAUCAAAGACCCUUGGUAAUUGCGCUUUUAUGUUCGCUGCCCCAAAGUUGUUGAACAACCUAUCAUGUUUUGAAAUUAAACUGAAUAAAACUUAUUUUCCCACGUUUUUUUAUGACUAAUUUUUUUCAUAUGGAAAUUGCGCUACGUGAGUAUUAUUAUUAUUAUUGUAGCAAUCGCUGAGGUCUACAAAAAUGAGGGCAACGAUGAAUACAAGAAGAGCAAUUUUAACAACGCCAUUCACUACUACACGAAAGGAAUUAAAGUGAACUGUAAGGAUGAAGAACUGAACGCUAAGCUGUACAGCAACAGGGCAGCAGCAAAUUUAAAUUUGGGUAAGAAGUUGAAGUUAGUUUUUAUUGUUGUGAAGUAUUUGAAAGUUACUUUUAGGACGGAUUUGUCUCAAUUCUUUUAAGUUUCGUUUUUGUUUCAUUAAGUGGGUCAAGGUUAGUCCUGAUUUUUCCACAUAAUUGUUUUCCUAUUUGAUCUUUUGUUUUUACGUGUACUUGAAUUUAUGCAAAUUUACUUAUUGCUAUUUUAGGAAUAUUCUUCGCUUGCUGUUAUCAUAUGUUAGUUUUUCAUGGGUGGUCAUGUUUGUGAUGUUAGAGCUGACCUUGGUUCAUUAGUCUGUUUGAAGCACCUGUUUGGGUUUGUUAACUAGCGUUAUAGUUUUUCAUUGGUUUGUACCUUCUUGUCGAUCACAACCAUGUAGGUUCAGUUACCCUAAGACAUUACCCACACCGAGCCGUUCACUUUGAUUUUUGGGUGAGUUAGCAGUACUCAAAGAAGAAUAAUAUUCAUAUUCCUGCAGGUACUUCAUCGUGUAGCGAGCGAGUUGCUCGAACACACCCCCACACUAUAAAUAUCGAUUUUUUUGUCAAUCGAUUUUUUGGGGGCGGGGGGAGGGGGCAGAGGGGGUGGGUUAAUGUGACAAAUGCUAAGAAUUUUAGAAUUCUGUGAAGCACUGUCUUGAAAUUGUACUAUGCUGUGUUUUUCUGAGGUGUGAAUUGUCCUUUCGCAUUCAUUCUUUCACAGGUAAUUAUGCUGAAACACUGAAUGAUGCGAAAAUUGCCGUGGACUUACAACCAUCAUUUUUAAAAGCGUUUUGGCGAGGUAAGUCCAAUCAGAUGUCAUGGGCUUGUCCCUUCUUACUCAAGCAAUAGCAGUUCUAGAAGGGAAAACCUAUUUAAAAGACGAUUGUCUCAUUUCAGCUGUUUUUACAAGGAGCCAUUAUUUUGGUUUAUGGUAAGGAAGAUUGGAAAAAAAAGUGACAGAUGAAAAGCGGGUGUGGAGGGCUUGUCACGUGGGGCAAAGACAUUAUUUUAUCUUCAUUUCUUGGUUUUAUUUGGUAUUGAAUAACUAGUCGUGAGAUAUCAAGGCUGCAAAACUUUUAAACCCAACUCGAAAUUGAAGCCCAAAUAUGUCAGUUGCAGCUUAACUGUGCUUUUUUUUCAUUUACAGGGGCAAGUGCUUGCGUUCACUUAGAAAGAUUUG